AUGCCUGAUGAUGUUCAACUUGGUGAUGGGUUCCCGCAUGACCACCUAUAUUCGAGAAACAACGUCAACAACGGUAACCAUAAUAGUAAUAACAACUUUAAUCACAAUACGAAUAAUAAUACGAAUAAUACAAAUAAUAAUCAUCCGAACAAUAAUAUUAUGAUGCAAAAUACCGCUCAAGUGGAUUACGCCGCUGGCCCAGUACAGCAUCAUCCACACAUGCCUUCUGGGCUGCCAACUCAGCCGCAAAGGAAUAUGUACGCUGGCCUGUUACACGAACAGUCGAUGAUGGGACAGCAACAGGCAAUCCUCCCCACGGGUCCACCACCACCACAGCAAAUGUACGACGGGAUUAUGGGCUCGCCACUCGGGAAUUUCCAGUAUUCCAGUUCUUCUAACGGUGCAAGCGUUAUACCUGCCAAGAAAAGGGUCUCGAUGGCUUGUGACCACUGCAGAAAGCGGAAGAUCAAGUGUGGCCCGAUCAACACCGUGGAGAACAAGUGUUCUCAUUGUAUCAAAUAUAAUGCCGAAUGCACCUUCCAGCAUAGAGACGCGAUGCAAGCGAGGAAGAGAAAUAAUUUAGACCCGCAGAAUGAUGAUUAUGGCGAGUCCGCCGCUACGAAAACACCUUUCCAAUAUGAAGUGUCACCAAACGCUGUGGAACUUGAAGAUGGCCUUCAACAAAAUGACCCCGCACAACCAAAAAAAACGCGACAGUGGAGGAAGAAACAAUCGAAGAAAAGUUCUUCAAAGCAGGGACAUGAGUCACCUGCCACGUCCCAAUCGUCGGAUCAGACCACUGUCUUGAGCAACAUCGGGCCUGUUCCCGGACCGGUUAUCUCUAAGGUGGAAAAGUUGGAUAAGAAGGUCUCUAUGAUGAUUGACAAUAUGGCAAGAUUUGAAUGGCUUCUCAAUAAACUUGUUCAACGGACAGAGGGAAAACGUGAGAAAGCGGAAGUGAAGGUCAGAAGUCUGAGACCUGUCGAAAAAACAUACACAACUGCAUUACUGACUCCUCAAAAGCUUCAGUGGAUAAAAGAAAAACUGGCACCGAAUGCCUCAAUCAAAGAUUUCAUGAGCCCUAUAAAUUACAUGCUUACGCUGGGGUUGAAGUGGCAUAUCAUUCAUGCCAAGAAACUACUUGAUUUUUCCACCCCAGCUGUAUUUGCAGGUGAGAUUCAUAUUUUCCCGCUACCACCAAAAGAACAAGCUAGACGAUUAUUGGAAAACUUUCACGCAACAAUGAUAUCCUCUGCCACUAUGACUAUUACACUAGAAGAAUGUUUUUAUCUUCUAGAAAAGCAUUAUGACGACAGUCAAGAGCAAUUGAACUAUCCAGAGGCCCUGCUUUUGAAUGUCUGUCUGAGUUCCGGUGCAUUGGCCACUCAAGCAAUGAUGUUGUAUGAAACAGAGUUUUUGAGGAAAGAUAGAUAUAGUCCCAGUAAGUCUGAACUGUCAACUAUUGAGAACAACACAUUAUUGAAUGCGAUGUACUAUUACCACAAAUUGUCGAUGCUAUGCUCAGGGAUAACGACCAUCCAAGCUCUGCUUCUUUUGGCCAAAUAUUUGUCAGACAAAUACUCUACUGAGCUGGCUGACGAUGUGUUGACAACGGCUAUACGGUAUGCAGUUAAUUUAAGGCUUGGGUUGGGGAACUUUACUGGUAAUCUACCCUUAAAAGAAUCAUUGAUCAGAAGAAGAUUAUGGUGGCACUGCUACGCUUACGACAAUAAAUAUUCGAUGAUUUUAUCAAGACCACCGCUAUUGAGUGAAGAGGAAACAGAUACGUUGACCGAUGAGGCUUACCUAAAUUUCAUACGGGAUGAUGUCCUUCCGACUGUGCAGGGUUAUGACCCAGAGAAAAUAGAAAAUAUCAAGGACGUGGACACUGCAUUGGCAGCAAUAGCAGAUUAUUGUGACUUUAUCACCUAUUUCCUAUCAUACUACAUUUACCAAUUAAUAAAAGUCGAAUCCGAAGUUUUUGAAACCUGUUUUGCGGCAAGAAUGACGGAACGCUCGUUUGAUUAUACCAUAGAGAAAAUUUUGGAUAUCCAAAAGCAUUUAGACAACUGGAAGAAGAGGCUACAUCCAUGCAUGAAACUGGAAAGCUACAAACAAUGUCUCUGCCUGAUAUAUACUCAAAGCAAUGAGGAAAAUCCAGCUUUGAGUUUUGAAAUUGCUUGCGUCCGUGUUCUGUACUGUCAUUUCAGGUUCUUGUAUUUGCAAAUUCUUUUGAGUUUAUUCACCAUUACCUAUAUGACGGACAAUAAGCACCUGUUUGUCAAUUCCAUCCAUGAUAUCCCAAUUAUUUUCAGGUCUUUUUUGGAGCAAUAUAAAUUAUCAUGUGUGGCGAUGCUGAACAUGUUUAUGACAACAAAUUAUCAACCGCAACGAUUUUACGAAUCCAGGUACCAUCUUUUCACGGGUAUUUUUGCUUUACUGCUCCAUGUCAUCAAGUAUAUUGAUGAUGAGAGAGAAAGGGACAUACCGGAGCUGAUAAAAUUGCUAGAAGUUUCUCAUAAACAUAUGUUGGGUGAAAAUGAACAGUACUUGAUGACCAGUAAUGUGAACUGGCUGACUGCGAUGCAUUUGUUUACAUACCUCAUGCACCAUAUUGUCGCUCGGUUUAAUGAGGUCGAACGGCGGAAGAAUGAAUACAAGUUUAAUCCAAGCUACUAUAAGGAUAUUCUACCUAAGUUCAUCUUCCGAUUAGACCUCGAAAAGGCGGACUCUUAUAAAAGGCUGGUUGUUGACCUACAGAGAUGUUUCCAUGCGGAUCAGGUAUUUGAAGAUGUUACUGUGGAAGAUAUAGAGAACGGAGUGGAUGACCUUGAACUUCCGAUCAAAAUAUCCGACAUUGAUAUAUUCAAUGAAGUAAACCCAAGAAUGUUAAAGGUGCUUUAUUCUGAUAUCCCAUUCUGCUCUUCAGAUGGCAACCCAAGAAAAAUCCAAGAAGAUAGAUCGUUGUUCAUUAGUGAUGACACCUCAUACAAUGUCAUUUAUCCAGCGAACGAGACUAAUGAUGAACCAACUGCAGGGAACUCAACAGAUACGAGGUACAAUGAUGAAGAGUUCAAUAGUUUUCUACCCUUCGGUAGAAUACUGUUUGACAGAGACUACUUUUUCAUGGAUGUGUACAAAACAGACAGCUAA